UUUCUGUGUGUACCAAUCAUGUCUGCAAAUAUUGAUCCUCUGGUAGUGUGCAGAGUGAUCGGCGAUGUGGUGGACAUGUUCACACCCUUGGUUGCCAUGUCUGUCCAUUUUGGCUCAAAACAUGUCAAUAAUGGCUGCAAUAUCAAACCCUCCAUGGCUGUUAAUCCUCCCAGGAUUACUAUCUCUGGCCGCAUUGAUCAACUCUUUACUCUGGUGAUGACAGAUCCCGAUGCACCAAGCCCCAGUGAACCAUCCAUGAGGGAGUGGGUUCAUUGGAUAGUCACAGAUAUUCCUGGUUGUACUAGCCCUACUCAAGGCAAAGAGAUCCUGCCGUACAUGGCACCAUGCCCACCAGUGGGCAUCCAUCGUUUCGUUUUGGUUCUUUUCCGUCAGAAAUCGCGUAUUGGUCUCAUCGAGCAGCCUGCGUCGCGAGCAAAUUUCAACACGCGUGCGUUUGCACACCAACUCGACCUUGGCUUGCCUGUGGCCACUGUCUAUUUCAAUGCCCAGAAGGAACCACUGAACAAGAGUCGACGCUGA